ACAAGUGGGCUGGAGAGGAAUAUAUUUCUUUUAUAUAUUUUUUUAAAUACUUAAAAGCUUUAUGUAAUCAUUUAAUUUUAGUCUUGGCACUCAUACUGCCAGUAAACAUACAGGUAAAUAAUAGGGAUAUUUGAGAAAUAAAAGUGGUUGUUUAAAAAAAAUAGUAAAUAUAGCUCUGGAAACAGAAGUUUUAUGCUUUGGGGGAAAAAAAUGCAGAUUUUUCUCCUAGUUGUUGAUUUCUGAUUCUUCUAAGCUAGUAAUGAUGCAGACUAGGGCUUCCAUACUACCCCCUAAUUUUCUUGUCUAUUAUAUUGACACAUUUCAUUUAAUUUAGCAUGAUGGCAAACAGCUGUUGAACUAUUAAUCUUUUUCUCAGCAAAACUGGAAAAAUAUCUUAGAUUCCUUUGCUGAUGUGUACUUUUCUCAAAACUAAAAUCAAGAGAAAUAAAUGAACGAGUGGCCAAAUGUGCAUUAAAAUUGAUGGAGCUUCAAAAUGGAGGAAAAUACAGACUAUAUGUCAUUGCAGAUUUUUUAUGUGUAAGUGAAAAUUAAAUGUAGCCAAUUUUGUAUUGCUCUUUGUAAGUUGAGGGUCAAUUGUCUAAUUUUGUUAUUAAUUCUUCUCCCACCCCCCAAGGGGAAAAAAAAUCACACUGGUAAAAUCUGAGGGUGAACCAGCUUCUAUGCUUGCUCUGUGUUCACUUAUAUGCGCACACCGUACGGAUAGGCGAGUGGAGAAAUAGACCUAUUUUGCUUACCUGAAAAACAUUCUGCAGGUUUGAAUGCGGCACUGGACAGAACUUUAUUCAAAGUAGGCAUUUUCAGCAGUUUAAAAAAAAAAAAAAAUUAAAUUUUAAUGAGGUCCAGUUGUUUGCCAGCCCUUAUAUGAUAGCAAAUCUCAUCUGCAUUGCAAAGUCUAAUACUAUAGGUCUGACUGCCAAACAUGCAAAAAUAGACACAGCCCAAUAGAUAAACAUAUAAAUUAGUUUAGAGUGUAUGUAUUGGAGAAUCUCUCGGGUAAAAAGGAGGGAGAAAGGGGCCUUCUUGCUUUGAAUUGAGUAGGGUUUGCCAGAGUUCACUCGCUUUACAUUUAAGAUUUGAUGAGUGGUGGAGGUAGAAAUUUCUAGUGUGUUAAGAUACUGCUGCACCGUGUAUCCACUGAGCUCUGAUUUGUGUAGCGUGGGGGCCGCUUAGCAAGACCUCUGUUUUUACCUUGAGGACCUGGCCCAUCCCUGCUAUUUUCCUUUCUGAAACAGUUCUCACCGCUGGAGGAACCAGUCCUGCGGACAUACAUCAGCAGUAAAAGCACAUGAUUUUCAUUUUCAGUUUGAAUUGUUUUGUGUAAAAACAAAAAGGUUUUAAGGCAAGACUGCAAAAUAGUAAUUUGAAGUCCCAGGACUUAGGGUUUUCCCCCACCCAAAUGGCGAACAUUUAUGGUGAAAAACCUCCAGUUUCCUCUUACAGUAAACAUGAAAAUGACGAUUUUACUCAGAGCCUGCAUCUUUUUUUUUUUUUUUUUCCAGUCUUAAUGGCAAGAAUCUGCAUACACUUGCUUGCGGAAAUGUCAUAAAUUGGCCCCCGAUCAAUUCCUCAAAGAUACAGUAUACACCAAAGUGCCACUUUCAGAAUUUCAGCCCCGGUGAAAUCAGAUUUGCAGUCUUCUCCAUGGUGUUUGUUUGCCUUGCCACGUGCGGGCAGGGCCCGGCAGCAGAGGGAGAAAGCAGGGGUGUAUUUAUAUAAAAUUAAAACCGCUUCAUUACAUAUUGUCCUGGAGAGUGAGCAAAAGGAUAUUAACAUUUUUUAGUAAAAUGAUACGAUUUCACCAUCUUAAAAAAAAAAAAAUUAUCUGAGCAUUUGGUCAAUGGAUGUAGAAUGGAUCCUGUACCCUCUUGGUAAUUUGAUCUAAAUUAAUAAACAAAUGUUUUUCUUUUCACUUGUGCCAUAUGUUGGAUCCCAGUUACAUGGGCAGAAAGAGGCAGCUUGUGAUGUUUCUUAAAGGAUUGCACACUGUUUUGCAUAAGGGACUUUGCAGAUGCAGGAGUACUUGUGCAGGGGAAACUGUGUUCGUUCCAUGGCUGCUUUGUGUUUUAGGAAGGUUGAUUUCAAUCGUUUAUUUCAUCCGACACGACCCGUUUUUAUUUAACUUAGUAGAUCUGGGAGGGAGAUGCUAAGUGAAAAACAUUCUGUGAGCAGCUUUCACCAGCAAUUAACCCCCCACGCCUCCCCAAACUGAAAAUUGUGGUGCUUUUUAUUCAUUUUGAAAGGUCUUAAAGUGGCAGAAAGCAUCUUGUCUACAAGAACCAACUCUCUUCCGAAGGGGGGAAAAAAAUAAGCCUCUGCUUUAAUGAAAUGAGAGCUGUUGUGGGUAUUAACCAAACAGAGACACGUUCGAGUAGCAGUCUGGUUUCCAAAAACAAAGGCCUGUGAGUCACUUAUUAUUCUGCAUGAAAAUGAAUUGAUAGACAAGAUGAGAAAAAGUUCAGACACAAAAUCUGAAGUGUUUCACUUUGACUUUUCCCAUCCAAGUCGAUGAUGUUGUCUUGAAGAGCUUGGAAGUGUGGUCCAGUUAAGUAGAGAUCUUGGGACUUGAUUUUAUUAAUUCUGAAAGUCAUUUGCCAUUAUACAUAAUUGAGUUCCUUUGUUGUUUUGCUUGUGUCUAUCCCAGGCAGAGGUGGUUGCUACUUCUUGACAUUCAGAUUUUGAUGUUCUCUUUUGUUCUCAGGGCUUAUAAGACGUGACCUUUUGAGGUGACUAUAACUGAAGAUUGUUUUACAGAAGCCAAAAAAGGUUUUUGAGUCAUGAUGCAAGAAUCUGGGACUGAGACAAAAAGUAACAGUUCAGCCAUCCAGAAUGGGUCGAGCGGCAGCAACCACUUGCUAGAGUGUGGCAGUCUUCGCGAGGGACGGUCCAACGGAGAGACGCCAGCCGGGGACAUCGGGGCGGCCGACCUGGCCCAUGCCCAGCAGCAUCAGCAGCAGGCUCUUCAGGUGGCAAGGCAGCUCCUGCUCCAGCAGCAGCAAGUUAGUGGACUGAAGUCUCCCAAGAGGAAUGACAAACAACCAGCUCUUCAGGUGCCCGUGUCAGUGGCUAUGAUGACUCCGCAAGUUAUCACUCCCCAGCAGAUGCAGCAGAUCCUGCAGCAACAGGUGCUGAGCCCUCAGCAGCUCCAGGUCCUCCUCCAGCAGCAGCAGGCCCUCAUGCUCCAACAGCAGCAGCUUCAAGAGUUUUAUAAAAAACAACAGGAACAGUUGCAGCUUCAACUUAUACAACAACAACAUGCUGGAAAACAGCCUAAAGAGCAACAGCAGGUGGCCACCCAGCAACUGGCGUUCCAGCAGCAGCUACUACAGAUGCAGCAGCUGCAGCAGCAGCACCUCCUGGCUCUGCAGCGCCAAGGCCUUCUGACAAUUCAGCCCGGGCAGCCCGCCCUCCCCCUCCAGCCUCUUGCUCAAGGCAUGAUUCCAACAGAACUACAGCAGCUCUGGAAAGAAGUGACAAGUGCUCACUCCGCGGAAGAAACCACAGGCAACAAUCACAGCAGUUUGGAUCUGACCACGACAUGCGUCUCUUCCUCUGCACCUUCCAAAACCUCCUUAAUCAUGAACCCGCAUGCCUCUACCAACGGACAGCUCUCGGUCCACCCUCCCAAAAGGGAAAGCUUGUCCCAUGAGGAGCACCCCCAUAGUCACCCCCUCUAUGGACAUGGCGUGUGCAAGUGGCCGGGCUGCGAAGCAGUGUGCGAAGAUUUCCAGUCGUUUCUAAAACAUCUCAACAGUGAGCAUGCGUUGGACGAUAGAAGUACAGCUCAAUGUAGAGUACAAAUGCAGGUUGUACAGCAGUUAGAGCUACAGCUUGCAAAAGACAAAGAACGCCUGCAAGCCAUGAUGACCCAUCUGCACGUGAAGUCUACAGAACCCAAAGCUGCCCCUCAGCCCCUGAAUCUGGUCUCCAGCGUCACCCUCUCCAAGUCUGCAUCAGAGGCUUCUCCACAGAGCUUACCUCAUACCCCAACGACCCCCACCGCCCCCCUGACUCCCGUCACCCAAGGCCCCUCCGUCAUCACCACCACCAACAUGCACACGGUGGGACCCAUCCGAAGGCGGUACUCGGACAAGUACAACGUGCCCAUUUCUUCAGCAGAUAUUGCGCAGAACCAAGAAUUUUAUAAGAAUGCAGAAGUUAGACCACCAUUUACAUAUGCAUCUUUAAUUAGGCAGGCUAUUCUUGAAUCUCCAGAAAAGCAGCUAACACUAAACGAAAUCUAUAACUGGUUCACACGAAUGUUCGCUUACUUCCGACGCAACGCGGCCACGUGGAAGAAUGCAGUGCGUCAUAAUCUUAGUCUUCACAAGUGUUUUGUGCGAGUAGAAAACGUUAAAGGGGCGGUAUGGACAGUGGAUGAAGUAGAAUUCCAAAAACGAAGGCCACAAAAGAUCAGUGGUAACCCUUCCCUAAUUAAAAACAUGCAGAGCAGCCACGCCUACUGCACGCCCCUCAAUGCAGCCUUACAGGCUUCCAUGGCUGAGAACAGUAUACCUCUCUACACUACCGCUUCCAUGGGAAACCCCACUCUGGGCAGCCUGGCCAGCGCAAUGCGGGAAGAGCUGAACGGGGCAAUGGAGCACACCAAUAGCAACGAGAGUGACAGUAGCCCGGGCAGAUCCCCUCUGCAAGCCGUGCAUCCCGUACACGUCAAAGAAGAGCCCCUCGACCCAGAGGAAGCUGAAGGGCCUCUGUCCUUAGUGACAACAGCCAACCACAGUCCAGAUUUUGACCAUGACAGAGAUUACGAAGAUGAACCAGUAAACGAGGACAUGGAGUGAAUGUCUGGGCCGGCCAACCCUGAAAAACGAAGAUUGGAAAAAGAAAAAGGAAAAAAAA